GGGAUACUUUUGAAUAUUGGUUUAAGGCCUUCAUUGCCCUUGAAAGACGUGGAGAAUGGACAUCGUACUCAACACGAACAUGGGCUUUUUUGGGCACAAGAAACAAAAAGCCUCUCCAUCACCCGUCCGUGCAAUAAAAGCGUGUUUUGUACACGAGAAGAUGCGCAUUGUUGGACUGACAGGAGGGAUCGCUUCAGGGAAAAGCACGGUUUCCAAUCUCUUCAAAGCCAAUGGAAUUCCCGUUGUUGAUGCUGACAUCGUCGCUCGAGAUGUUGUUAGAAAGGGAACUGGCGGUUGGAAAAGGGUUGUAGCCACAUUUGGGGAUGAGAUUUUACUAGAAAAUGGAGAAAUCAAUAGGGCACAGCUAGGGCAAAUUAUCUUCGCUGAUCCUGCGAAACGCCAGCUUCUUAACCGGUUAUUGGCUCCAUUUAUUUCCUCUGGUAUAUUCUGGGAAGUAGUAAAGCUAUGGCUCAAGGGUUCUAAGGUUAUCAUUCUCGACAUCCCGUUGUUAUUCGAGGCUAAGAUGGACCAAUGGGCAAAACCCAUCAUUGUCGUGUGGGUUGAUCCUGAAACACAGCUUCAGCGGCUCAUGGCAAGAGAUGGGAUCUCCGAAGAGCAGGCCAGAAACAGGAUUAAUGCACAGACUGCAUUGGAUUGGAAAAGGACAAAGGCGGACAUAGUCAUUGACAACUCAGGGUCGAUAGAUGAAACGAGGGAGCAGUUUCAGAAGGUCCUGACUGAGGUCACAAGGUCCUUAACGUGGAGAGAGUUUGGGCUCUCCAGAAAAGGUGCGCUUUUGGCCCUUGUUUCUGUUAUUAUAGGUGUUAUGGUGUGCAGAAACAUUUAUAAAGACAAUGGUAUAAAACCACAUUGAACAUAUGGCCUGGAAUCCUUAACACUCAGCGAAAUCAAGAGAUAAACAUCUUGAAUUUGCUAAGGUGCAGCUGAAGCAGUCGUGAUUUGUGGGGUGGGGUAAACUUGGUUGGUGUGCUUAAGCAAUAAUUGUAUUGAAUUCUGUUGAACACAACUUCCUGCAUUUUAGAUUUUUCGUGUCAUUCCAAGA